AAAUGUACACAGUUGAGAAACAGACGUGCAUAUAUACAUACAUACAUAUAAUAGCGCUUGCUAAAUAUUUAUAUAAAAUAAAAAUAAUAAUUGAAAUAAAUCCUAAAUAAACCGAUCACUUUUUCAAUUUCCAAAUGUCUCAACGUCGUAUUUUAGCGGUUUAUUAUCAAGGCAACCGUCAACUUAUACGCUAUACAUUUGGCACCACAGCCAAACAAAUUCUGCGGACAAUCAUGCGAGAGCUCAGGAUACCACGCAGUCAGCAACAUGCACUAGUGCUCACGGACAUGACGGGAAAAGCUUACACCAAACGCCAAAUCAACAAAUAUCUGACAUACUUUCCAGAUCCUAGAAAAACCUUUUAUGUGGAAAAGGUGAGCAAAAACGAUUUAACGGUAAGAAGGACAGUGAGUAAAACAUCAUUAGAGGAUGCGAAAAUUGACACUCCAACUACCGCUACACCGCCCACAAACAACAAACGUCAGCGUAGUUAUGAUAAUGAUGAUAUCAUGAUGCACGAUUCUGUCUGUCCAUGGACACCGGUUUUCCGCAUGAAAUGUUUUAGUGGCACUUACCCACCACCGGCCAAGCGUGUACGUUUCUGUGACUCUCUGAAUACUACUAGAGUUAUACCAGCACAGUUUAACACCAUUGUAGAGGGCGCACUACAUCGCACUGCUUCUUUUAUCUGCACUUACCCUGCGGAUACACUUACCACAGCGAAACUAACGAAGCGCUCGAGUGGUGUGGAAGUUCUAAACGAUUCUAUGGAAAGUUUUGUAACAUCAACGAUGCAGUUGUCGAUCUUCUCACCGCUACAUCGCACAAAAUCGUUCAUCGAUUUCUUGCCAACAACACAGCAGUAGAUUUGUGGCAAUAAGGAGCGAGGUACCUACACGUAUACUAUAUGCUCCUCAACUAAAAGUCAAGUGAAAAGGCUGAAAAAUACCACAAACGUACAUAUGUACAUAUGACAUACUCGUAUGUAUGUAUGUAUGUAUACUCCUAGAGAUUUUAUUUAUUAA